CUGAAAAGUGAGCUUACGUCAGGACGGUGGACUUCUGCGAGGCCCAGGUGAAAAAGGGACGCCUGAGUCCUGGGUGAGAGUCUUCCCGGGUACUUUGGGGCUAGAGGAAUCCUGAAACCAUGGAUCACCUAUAUAUGCUUUGAGACGUGCUUUAGAUUUUUUUUUUCUGGAAGCCCUGAAGCUACCCUAAAAAUUGAAUGUAUUGUUGCACAGACCUAUGGCCAAUGGUGGCAGAGUCUCCAUAGAACUAUGCUUCGUGGUGUUCUGGGAAAAACCUUUCGACUUGUUGGCUAUACUAUUCAGUAUGGCUGUAUAGCUCAUUGUGCUUUUGAAUACGUUGGUGGUGUUGUCAUGUGUUCUGGACCAUCAAUGGAGCCUACAAUUCAAAAUUCAGAUAUUGUCUUUGCAGAAAAUCUUAGUCGACAUUUUUAUAGUAUCCAAAGAGGUGACAUUGUGAUUGCAAAAAGCCCGAGUGAUCCAAAGUCAAAUAUUUGUAAAAGAGUAAUUGGUUUGGAAGGAGACAAAAUUCUCACCAAUAGCCCAUCAGGUUUCUUUAAAGGUCAUAGUUAUGUGCCAACAGGUCACGUUUGGUUAGAAGGUGAUAAUCUACAGAAUUCUACAGAUUCCAGGUACUAUGGACCUGUUCCAUAUGGACUAAUAAGAGGACGUAUCUUCUUUAAGAUUUGGCCUCUGAGUGAUUUUGGAUUUCUGCGUGACAGCCCUAAUAGCUACAGAUUUUCUGAUGAUUAGCAAGCAUUUAUUCUUUUGAUUUGAUUAUUGUCUUCUAAGUGAAUUUAUUAUUGUUACUGAAACCAUGUACUUACUAAUAAACUAUUUGCUAUUCA